ACAAAGGAAUAAUACGUAAACUGAUUAACUAACAGCAAUGGAGGAGAAGAAUAUUUGUGUUUUAAGAAAGAUAUAAUGCAGGGUGAUCCUUUAUCUUUUCCUCCUUAUCACUCAUCCCUUUCUUUUCCUUCAUUCGUUGGACAAGCACUAAUGUUCAACCUUCAUCUUCUAUUGUCUGCAUGUAUAAAUGUUGCCUGUAGCUAUUCUCUACCCCCUUCACUUUGUUCUCUCUUCUUUUGUGCUAUACAAUCUCCAAGCAUUUCUCUCUUCCAAACUACUGAAGCAAAUAUGGCUGACCUUAUUCUUGGUCCUCUUGUGGAUGUCACAAUAUCCAAGGUGAUUUCAGUUACUACCGAGCAACUCAACUCAGCAGUGGGAUUCAAGCAGGAGCUCAAGAAGUUUCGUGUGGUGCUGAGCAUGGUAAGGGGCGUGCUGCAAGAUGCAGAAGAGAAGAAGGUGACAGGUUACUCUGAUCUGCAACCUUGGCUUAAGGAGCUUGGAAAUAUAGUUGAUGAAGCUGACAAUGUGGUAGAUGAGAUUGCAUAUGAACAUCUAAGGUACAAGGCAACUCAAAAACAAAUGUGGAAAAAGGUUAGCUAUUUCUUUACUCUUUCUAAUCCUUUAGCUUUUCGCCUUAAGAUAGCUAACAGGAUUAAGGAUUUGAAUCUAGCUAGCCUUAAUGAUUGGGCCACUAGACUAGGGAUUCAACAUAGACUUGCAAACAAGCUUCCUGACCAUGUAGGAAUCCAACAGACAAAUUCAUCACUUGGUGAUCCAUCGGAAAUUGUAGGAAGAGGAAAAAAAGUCCAAGAGGUAGUUCGGUUGUUGAUUGAUUCAAGUGAUGAUCAACGUCUCCCUGUUGUAUCCAUAGUUGGACAAAGGGGUGGGAGUAGGGUUCUUGUCACAGCUAGAAUUGAGAAAGUAGAUUCCAUAAUGGGAACCAAGCACGUGCAUCUUGACAAGCUAACAUAUGAGAAUUGUUGGUCUAUUAUCAGGCUUAGAGCAUUUGGCAACUCUCCUAAUUCUUUGGAAUUGAAGGAAUUGGAGAGUAUUGGAUUGAACAUUGCUGAGAAAUACUUUGCCAUAGAAAAGGAGAUGUUAAUCCAGCUCUGGAUGGGUGAAGGAUAUCCUCAACCGUCUAGAAAAAGCAACAAGGAGAUGGAAGAUAUUGGUGGCAAGUAUUUUAAUGACUUGUUCUCAUACCCCUUAUUUCAAGAUGCAGAAAAAGACUCUUAUGGUAGUAUUAUUGCUUGCAAAAUGCAUGAUUUAAUACAUGAUCUAGCACAAUCUGUUUCAGAGUCUCAAACGGUGAUCUUGGAGGAUGGUAGUAGUAGUGAUAUUCCUGUAGACAUUAGGCAUUUAAAUCUCAUUUCUAAGAAGGGUAUGGCAGCAAUGGAAAUAGGGGAACUGCGUACCUUGUUUUCACGAGUUGAUGUCUUUCAAAUAAGCUUGGAAACUUCAGAAAGAGACAAAGAAGAAGGCAUGGGAGCAAGACUUUUUGAGAAGGCUACAAUUCAGGAGUUGCAGUUGGUGUUUCGUGAGACAUCCAAUGGUAGUGAAGAUAGAUGCAAACAUGAUGAAGAUAUCUGGGAAGGCCUCCAACCUCAUUCAAAUUUGAAAGGCCUAAUUAUUGUAUCCUAUUGUGGUAAAAGUUGUCCUUCAUGGAUGUCAGACAUAAAAAAGUUGAUGCCAAAAAAUGUCAAUUUUCUCAAAAAUCUGAUGUUCAUGACCUUUUAUGAAUGCCCCAAGUUGGAAAGCAUUCCAUCACUUUUGCUUAGUAAUGAGACAAAGGUGGAAAUUAAAAAUUGCAAGAAUUUGAAAAGCAUUGCAUAUUUGUCUCUUCAAAAACUCAUCAUUCAGGGAUGUGAAGGACUGGUUGGUGUAGAAGUUGGACCAGAUGCCAUGAAGUCUCUCAAAGAAGUACAUAUAGGGAGUUGUGGUAAAUUGGAAAAUCUUUCGAUGAUUAGUAAAUUACAAUUCCUUGAGAUACUUGAUCUUAAGAAAUGCAGGGAAUUAAGGAUCAUUGGGAAUGAUGCUCGAUUUGCCUCCACGUGUCUACAAGAAUUAAGUAUUUCUGACCGUGACAAGCUGAUGUCCAUGCCGGGUAUUGAUGGGCUUUACUCUCUUAAAAAAAUUGAGAUAAUCAAAUGUGAGGAAUUGAAAAGCAUGGAGGAGAGCUUUUCUACUGCCACGUGUCUCAAAAAGAGUUAGUUAUAAGCUACUGUAAUGAUCUGAUGUCAUUUCCGAGCCUCCACGGACUUUCCUCUCUUUAAAAAUUUGCUAUAUCCGAGUGUGGGGAAUUGAACAGCCCGUUUGGAAUACUGGAUUAAUUGUGGGAUUGAACAAAAAUUAUUCUUGACC